AACACAUGCAUGCGCUCGCGCGCGCACACACACACACAAACACACACAGAUCAUUCAAUGUCCUACUUUGUGGCCAUUUGACUAAUGUGGCCCCAUUGAGAGGGACCGCAAGUGUUUAGUUACUUCAAAGUACCUGAAACUACAGUGAUUCCAUUUUACUGCCGCACACGUUGUAACCAUGGCGACCAAGUCCAAGAGAAGGGGCUCCAAUUGGCCCCUGGAGGGCUGGGACCCCAACGUCCGCCGUCUGAGCUACAAGUACGCGGCUGUCAUCAAGGGCGACUACGUGUGGUUGGACCUGAAGAGUGGUCGGGAGUUCGAGGUUCCCAUUGGCGCAGUGGUCAAACUCUGCGACUCUGGACAGAUCCAGGUGUUGGAUGAUGAAGGAAAUGAGCAUUGGAUCUCGCCCCAGAACGCCACCAACAUCAAGCCCAUGCAUCCCACCUCCAUCCAUGGGGUGGAGGACAUGAUCCGCCUGGGAGACCUCAACGAGGCCGGAAUCCUGCGCAACCUGCUCAUCAGAUACAGCGAGAAGCUCAUCUAUACGAACUGUGGUGGCAGGACAUAUACGGGGUCGAUCCUGGUUGCCAUCAACCCAUAUCAGUUGCUUCCCAUCUACACGGCGGACCAGAUCCGCCUGUACACCAACAAAAAGAUCGGCGAGAUGCCGCCUCACAUCUUUGCCAUCGCAGACAACUGUUACUUCAACAUGCAAAGGAACAACCGUGACCAGUGCUGCAUCAUCAGUGGGGAGUCCGGAGCAGGAAAGACUGAAAGCACCAAACUGAUCCUACAGUUCCUGGCAGCCAUCAGUGGUCAACACUCGUGGAUCGAACAGCAAGUCCUGGAGGCCAAUCCCAUUCUGGAGGCUUUCGGAAACGCAAAGACAAUUCGCAACGACAAUUCGUCCCGCUUCGGUAAAUACAUCGACAUCCACUUCAACAAGAGAGGAGCCAUCGAGGGAGCAAAGAUCGAACAAUACCUGCUGGAGAAGUCGCGAGUCUGUCGGCAGGCUCAGGAUGAAAGGAACUACCACAUCUUCUACUGCAUGUUGAAGGGCAUGGCUGCGGACGAGAAGAAGAAGCUGGGCCUCAGCAAGGCCACGGACUAUACCUACCUCACCAUUGGGAAGUGCACCGUAUGUGACGGCCGUGACGACUUGAAGGAAUACUCUAACAUACGGUCGGCAAUGAAGGUUCUGAUGUUCACAGACAAGGAGAACUGGGAGAUCUCCAAACUAUUGGCCUCCAUUUUACACAUGGGCAACCUGCGCUACGAAGCACGUACGUACGACAACCUGGACGCCUGUGAGGUCGUUCGCAGCUCGCAUCUUUCCACCACGUCAACACUGCUGGAGGUUGAUGGCAAGGACCUGAUGAACUGUCUGACGAGCAGGACGUUGAUCACCAGAGGAGAAACCGUGUCCACGCCACUCAGCAUGGAACAAGCUUUGGACGUGCGAGAUGCCUUCGUCAAGGGUAUUUACGGUCGUCUGUUCGUGUGGAUCGUGGAGAAGAUCAACGCCGCCAUCUACAAGCCAUCGUCCUCGCACACCAAAGCUGUUAGACGCUCCAUCGGACUGCUGGACAUCUUUGGCUUUGAGAACUUCACCGUCAACAGCUUCGAGCAGCUUUGCAUCAACUUCGCCAACGAGAACCUGCAGCAGUUCUUCGUGCGUCACGUGUUCAAACUGGAGCAGGAGGAGUACAACCUGGAGAACAUCAACUGGCAGCACAUCGAGUUCACCGACAACCAGGAUGCGCUGGAUAUGAUCGCCAUCAAGCCCAUGAACAUCAUCUCACUCAUCGACGAGGAGAGCCGAUUCCCUAAGGGUACAGACAGCACCAUGUUGAACAAACUCAACUUCCAGCACAAAGUGAACAGCAAUUACAUUCCACCCAAGAACAACCAUGAGACUCAGUUUGGCAUCCAGCACUUUGCUGGGGUGGUCUACUACGAAACCAGAGGCUUCCUGGAGAAGAACAGGGACACGUUAUACGGCGACAUCAUUCAGCUGGUUCACUCGUCCAAGAACAAGUUUAUCAAGCAGAUUUUCCAGGCUGACGUUGCUAUGUUUCUGUGUGGUUUUGCUCCUUGCCUACAUCUUCCAUCCAGCCCUCUCCCGAAGGGGGCAGAGACCAGGAAGCGUUCUCCCACUCUCAGCAGUCAGUUCAAAAAAUCUCUGGAGCUGCUGAUGAGAACAUUGAGUGUCUGUCAGCCUUUUUUCGUCCGCUGCAUCAAACCCAACGAGUACAAGAAGCCCAUGCUGUUUGAUCGGGAUUUGUGCGUGCGCCAGUUGAGGUACUCUGGAAUGAUGGAGACCAUUCGCAUCCGUCGCGCAGGCUAUCCCAUCCGCUACACCUUUGUGGAGUUUGUGGACCGCUACCGCGUGCUCAUGCCUGGAGUCAAACCUGCCUACAAGCAGGAAGAUCUGAGGGGAACCUGCCAGAGGAUCGCAGUGGUCGUUCUCGGUCGGGACGAUGACUGGCAGAUGGGAAAGACCAAGAUCUUCCUCAAGGAUCAUCACGACAUGCUGCUGGAGAUUGAGAGGGACAAGGCCAUCACCGGCAAGGUCAUCCUCAUCCAAAAGGUGGUGCGAGGUUUCAAAGACAGAUCAAACUUUGUGAGGAUGAGGAGGUCAGCUAUGCUCAUCCAGAAGACGUGGCGAGGAUAUCAGUGCAGAAAGAACUACGGCGCUAUGCGGGCAGGCUUCUCUCGCCUACAGGCCCUGGUGCGUUCUCGGAAAUUGUGCGCGUCGUACCAUGUCGCUCGCCAGCGCAUCAGCGGGUUCCAGGGUCGAUGCCGAGGUUUCCUGGUGCGACGGGCCUUCAGACACCGACUGUGGGCCGUCAUCACCAUCCAAGCGUACACCCGAGGGUUGAUCGCACGCAGGCUCUACCGCAGACUGCGGGGCGAGUACCGAAGAAGGCUGGAGGCUGAGAAGAUGCGUCUGGCCGAGGAGAUCAAGCUGAGGAACCAGAUGUCUGCCAAGAGAGCCAAAGCCGAAGCAGAGCGCAUACAUCAGGAGCGUCUGGUCCAGUUGGCCAAAGAGGACGCUGAGCGUGAGAAGAAGGAAAAGGAAGAGGCGAGGAGGAAGAAGGAGCUGGUGGAGCAGAUGGAGCGAGCUCGUUUGGAGCCCGUUAACGACUCAGACAUGGUGGACAAGAUGUUCGGAUUCCUGGGAACAACCAGCUCCUUUCCGGGCCAGGAGGGACAGGCUCCUGCUGGCUUUGAGGACUUGGAGCGGACCCACCGGGAGAUGGAGGAGGAGGAUCUGGACGAGGCACUUCCUCUGCCGGAAGACGACGACGAUGAGGAGGAUCUAUCGGAGUACAAAUUUGCCAAAUUUGCCGCCACCUACUUCCAGGGAACCAACGCGCAUACGUACGUCCGCAGACCACUCAAGCAGCCGCUGCUUUUUCACGAGGAUGAAGGAGACCAGCUGGCGGCUCUGGCCGUGUGGAUCACGGUGCUGAGGUUCAUGGGGGACCUCCCCGAACCCAAAUACCACACGGCCAUCAGAGACGGAAGUGAGAAGAUUCCGGUCAUGACCAAGAUCUACGAAACCCUCGGGAAGAAGACGUACAAGAGGGAGCUGCAGGCUCUUCAGGGAGAGGCGGAGACUCCUCCAGCCGACAGUCAUCGCAAGAAUAGCAUCCGGCACAAGCUGGUGUCUCUCACCCUGAAGAAGAAAUCCAAGAUCACAGAGGAGGUCACUAAACGCCUCAAUGAUGGCGAGCACGGUCUUCAUGGCAAUAGCAUGCUGGAGGAUCGGCCAACGUCAAACCUGGAGAAACUUCACUUCAUCAUUGGUAACGGCAUCCUGAGGCCAGCGCUGAGGGAUGAGAUCUACUGUCAGAUCUGCAAACAAUUGAGUCAGAACCCAUCCAAAAGCUCACACGCUCGAGGUUGGAUCCUCAUCAGCUUGUGUGUCGGCUGCUUCGCGCCAUCGGAUAAGUUCCUCAAGUACCUGAGGAACUACAUCAGCAGCGGGCCGCCGGGUUAUGCUCCAUACUGUGAAGAACGACUUAGAAGAACUUUUGUUAAUGGCACCAGAACACAACCUCCAUCCUGGCUGGAGCUCCAGGCAACCAAGUCCAAGAAACCCAUCAUGCUGCCGGUGACGUUCAUGGACGGAACAACCAAAACGCUCUUGACAGACUCAGCGACAACCGCCAAGGAGCUCUGCAACACACUUUCCGACAAAAUCAGCCUGCACGACCGAUUCGGCUUCUCGCUUUACAUCGCACUCUUUGAUAAGGUGUCAUCUUUGGGCAGCGGGAACGACCACGUGAUGGACGCCGUGUCGCAAUGCGAGCAGUACGCCAAGGAGCAGGGAGCCCAGGAGAGAAACGCCCCCUGGAGGUUGUUCUUCAGGAAGGAGAUUUUCACACCAUGGCACUGCGCCUCCGACGACACAGUUGCCACCAACCUCAUCUACCAGCAAACCGUCAGGGGCGUAAAAUUUGGAGAGUACCGCUGCGAACGGGACGACCUCGCAGAACUGGCUUCCCAGCAGUACUAUGUGGACUAUGGCUCGGAGGUCCUGCUGGAGCGCCUGCUGAGCCUCAUCCCGUCCUACAUCCCCGACAGAGAGAUCAGCACAUCCAAGACAGUGGAGAAGUGGGCUCACUUCAUCAUGGCGGCACACAAGAAGGGCAUCUACACUCAGAAGAGGUUUGAUCCCCAGAAGGUGAAAGAGGAAGUGGUGGACUUUGCUCGCCAUAAGUGGCCUCUGCUCUUCUCUCGAUUCUACGAAGCUUUCAAAUUCUCCGGUCCAAGUCUACCCAAAAACGACCUCAUCGUCGCCGUCAAUUGGACCGGUGUUUACUUUGUGGACGAGCAGGAGCAGGUUCUACUAGAACUCUCCUUCCCAGAAAUCACCGCCGUGUCCAGUAGCAGGGGUGGAAAGUUGCAGAGUCAGAGUUUCACGCUGGCGACCAUCAAAGGAGAAGAGUAUACCUUCACCUCCAACAAUGCCGAGGACAUCCGUGACCUGGUGGUGACCUUCCUGGAAGGCUUGCGAAACAGGUCCAAGUUUGUGGUGGCACUACAGGACAGUCCCAACCAGAGUAGUGAACCAUCCACCUUCCUAAGUUUCCAGAAGGGAGACCUGAUCCUGCUAGACCAGGACACCGGCGAGCAGGUUCUCAAUUCAGGCUGGGCGCAUGGCGUCAAUGAGAGGACUAAUCAGAGAGGAGACUUUCCGGCGGACUCGGUCUACGUCCUGCCCUCCAUGACCCGACCGCAGCAGGAGAUUGUGGCACUGGUUACCAUGACGCCGGAUCAGAGACAGCAGUCAGUAAGAGUCUCACAACUUGUCUUGCCGGAGGGUGAAGACUCUGUCAAACCUUACACGCUGGAGGAAUUCUCCCAUGACUACUUUAGGCCUCCCCCCAAACAUACUCUGAGCAGGGUGAUGGUCACCAAGAAUCGAGGCAAGGACAAAUUGUGGAGCUGCACGAGGGAGCCUCUCAAACAGCCGCUGCUGAAGAAGGUGGUCCACCACGAGGAGCUUGCUCAGGAAGCCUGCAUGGCCUUUAUUGCUGUGAUGAAGUACAUGGGCGACUACCCGUCCAAGCGCACUCGCUCAGUCAACGAGUUGACGGACCAGAUUUUUGAGGGCGCGCUGAAGGCUGAACCGCUGAAGGAUGAGAUUUUCUGCCAGAUCAUCAAACAGCUCACAGACAACCACGUCAAGUACAGUGAGGAGAAAGGCUGGGAGCUUCUGUGGCUGUGCGCCGGUCUUUUUCCACCCAGCAAUGCGCUGCUGCCGCACAUCCAGCGCUUCCUGCAGUCCAAGAGGCAACACCCGCUCUCGGCCGACUGCAUGCAUAGGCUGCACAAAGCCUUGCGAAACGGGUCCAGGAAGUACCCUCCUCAUCUGGUGGAAGUCGAGGCCAUCCAGCACAAGACCACGCAGAUAUUCCACAAGGUUUACUUCCCCGAUGACACAGAUGAGGCCUUUGAGGUGGAGUCCAGCACCAAAGCCAAAGACUUCUGUCAGAACAUCUCCACCCGACUCCUGCUCAAAUCCCCAGAAGGCUUCAGCCUCUUUGUCAAGAUUUCUGACAAGGUCAUCAGUGUUCCGGAGGGAGACUUCUUCUUUGACUUUGUCCGCCAUUUAACAGACUGGAUCAAGAAAUCGCGGCCAGCAAAAGACGGAGCUGUUCCCUCGCUGACGUAUCAAGUGUUCUUCAUGAAGAAGUUGUGGACCAGCACCGUUCCGGGAAAGGACUCUUUUGCCGACUCCAUCUUCCACUACUACCAGGAGCUGCCCAAAUACCUACGUGGCUACCACAAAUGUACACGCGACGAAGUCUUCCAGCUGGCGGCGCUCAUCUACCGCGUCAAGUUUGAAGAUGACAAGUCCCACUUUCCUACCAUUCCCAAGAUGCUGCGUGAGCUGGUCCCUCAGGAUCUCAUUCGCCAAAUGUCCCCAGAUGACUGGAAGAGGUCCGUGGUGGCCUUCUUCAACAAGCAAGCUGGAAAAUCCAGAGAAGAAGCCAAGUUGAUGUUUCUUAAAAUCAUCUACAAAUGGCCAACAUUUGGCUCCGCCUUCUUUGAAGUCAAGCAAACCACAGAGCCCAACUUCCCAGAGAUCCUCCUGAUCGCCAUCAACAAACAUGGAGUCAGUCUCAUCGAUCCAAAGAACAAGGACGUUCUGAUUACUCAUCCAUUCACCAAGAUCUCCAACUGGAGCAGUGGGAACACGUAUUUCCACAUCACCAUCGGAAACCUCGUCAAGGGAAGCAAAAUCCUCUGCGAAACCUCCCUGGGUUACAAGAUGGAUGACCUGCUGACAUCAUACAUCAGCCAGAUGUUGACCGCCAUGAACAAGCAGCGGUCCGAGCGCACUCGCACCAAGUGAAUGUCUUAUUGGCAGGAGGCCGCCGAGCUCGCCCGCCUGCUGCGGCCGAUUGGCCAGCACUGCAGUUGGCGGCGGACCUUCGGCCACCAGUUAUGGCGGAUGAGUCACCGACCUUCUGUCAGCUCAGAAAUCUGGAAGAUCCCCGAGGAGAGUUCGGUUGAAAGCGACGACGACCCCGGAGAAGGUCCCAGCAACUACGACAAGCGUUACCAUGACAACGAGGACGAGCCAUCCAGCGAGGAUGACUACCUCUGAGAAGAACGAUACUCUUAAGUGUUGAGAACGUAGUGAAACCACACCCUGUGAGGUGUGCUAACUGGUCAAUGCUAACCUAUAUUUUUUUUCAUUGACUUGGCCUAUGAAAAUGAAUUCUUCCUCGUGACAGAGAGGAAACAUGUCACUCUGAAAGACACAUAUUCCGUUUCGCCACAAAUUGAACUAAAAAAUAACAUGGCCGACUGUGCCUGUAGAUAGAAAUUCUGCAUAGCAACAAGUAGCAAACUAAUGUGACCAGGAAAUACAUUUGUCAAUUUUCUUUUCGCACAAAUCCUGCCUAGAAACAAGGUGCAAACAUGUCAUGGGACCAGAAAAUACUUGUUUUUUUAACCAGGAGUUAUGGUCACAAAAUUCUGCAUAGCAACAAGGAGCAAAUGGAUCAUGUGACCAGGUAAUACUUUGUCAAGACAGUACUGUAAGUGAUUUCCCAAAACUGAGCAGGGAUCUUUUAAGAGUGCAUAAAAAAAUUGUGUGGGGUGUAGCAACACUAAUUCCUUUAGUUGUAUGAGUAAAUUAAAAUGGGUAAUAAAUAAUAAGCUUUUGGGGGGAUUCUUAACAUGCAUAGGUUUUAGGAUUGGCACGUCUUCAUUCGCAUCAGUGGUCGCUGGCACAUUAGUUUGUUAAUGUGCUCGAUUACGGUACCUUUCGCUCAAAAGAAGCAGGGAGCUCUUCUUUUAAACAGACUUCAGGUUUUGUUCAUUUUUGGUCAAUAUUUUUGCCGUAACAUGCUCAUAUUUGCAUUUAACGUCCUCGCUCCAGCGUCACCUCACAGAUUAAAUUGUUUGCCGCAAACAAAAACCUUCACUGUGCCAAACUUAUUCGUUUUUUUUGGGGGGGGGGGGGGUUGCUGCUCGGUUGUUUCUCUGCGCAAAAUGGUGUGAUUUUACCGGCACUUGACCUGUGUGAAAUAUUAGUGAUAUGAAGGAUCAUUAUUAUGUGUUAUGCUUGUGGGUUUUUUUUCCAUGUACAGUAAUAUUAUUCAUUACCUUUCUUUUUCUUUGCAGUGUGUCAUCUCCAUAUCUCAUUCUCUUGUUAGCCUCUGCUAAAAAUGCUUGUCAGAAAUAAAACGACAAACUGUGACCCC